GACAAAAUCACGUGAUACUUUAUUAUAUUGUGUAUGAGUUCUUGUGGGUUUCAGAUGAAUUGUGAGGACUUUCAAACAAAACACCUGUGGCAAUAGCUCAGUGGUCUAGAAACACCCUCUCUGACAAUAUAGAUAUUGACCUGAUCGGACACAUAAGUGGUGUACCACCAAAUUAUGUUUGAAAUUCCAAGAUGUUCUUAUAAAAGUGAGAAGCAGACCUUUGUGUGUAGACCAAAAGAAGCUAUUAGAUCAUCUGAAAGACUAAACCGUACAUUUGCCAAGACAAAGAUGAAACAUCAUUGGCGUGCCAGCCACGUGUUUGUGCUCUUAUGUGCUUUUUCGCUAUGUGUUGAGAUUGUAAGUUGUGGAACCAGCUUCCUCAGCCCGGCCCAGAAACCACAGGGUCAAAGAGAAAGAAGACCACCACGGACAAGCAGAAGGGAUGCUGGUGAUCCUGAGAUCUCUGUGCUUAGAGAAGAUGGGAAGUUUAUGGUUAGUGCUCCAUUUGAACUGGGCAUGUCUCUGAGUGAAGCGGAGUAUGAGAAAUACGGCCCUGUACUGCAGAAGAUAGUGGUGAAUCUUCUUAGUAACUCUCCUUUCGAAUGACUACCUACUGGUCCUGUAGGACUCAAAUCCCUUUAAAACAACUGAAUAUAUUAAUUAAAAAUAUGAUCCAACACCAUUACCUGGAAUAAAAUAAAAAAAUGUUAUAAAUAAAUAAAAAUAUUCUGUCUUAAGC